UCGUUAAAUGACCCGCUUUUUUCUCCAAUUUUGCAGGAAAUCAUUGGGGAAUAUCAAUGACGUGAGUAUAUGAAUCUGCUGUCCUUUUUUUUUGGUUUGAACGUAUGGGCUCCUAGUUUGAGACGAUUUCUCCUUCCAAGUUGAGACAUCAGUUAAAGAUAGACAGCUACAAUUUCAAAUACAAUCACAAUUACAAUUAUAAUUGUAAAAUUACAAUUAGCUGCAACUACAAUUACAAUUACAAUUUCCGUUUCAGUAGACAGCCACAAUUUCUUUUCUUCCGUUUCAGAACGAUUGUGUUGAUAGCUCUGUUUUCACAAUAUAUCAACAAAUUUGAGAUCCCAUUUGCCGGAUUUAGUAAACAACGUGGAGGUUGUUAUGUUGGACGUUACCCAUUGUUCCGAUUAUUCCCGGUGAGUAUGUCGUUGAAGUUACGUUACUUUGGAAACGUGCUAAAACUGACCCGCUCUUGUUAAGAUAAACUAGGGUACAGUGGACGCUCUAGUAAACAAAGACCCUAGGGACGAGAAAAAGGUGUUCGUUACUGGAGCUCCUGGGAGGGGGGGGGAACUCCCAUAUAAUAGUGACGAGGAUGCUGGUCGUCUCACUUUGUUGUGUAAAUUGCAGAUUUUGGUCUCACUUAGGGUGUUUGGCAUGGAAAGUCAGUAUAUUUGCCAAUUCAGGUACCACUUAGUACUGUGCAUAAAGAAAUUUACAAAAAAUGCCCCGACCCGAGCACACAGAAAUUUCCCUCAAAUAGUUUAAGCUUGAGCUACACCCACAUUGGUCCCCCUUAGGGGUUUAAUUUGAAUCUUCUGAUCAGCAUCCUCGUCACUUUUAUAUGGGAGUCCUCCCCCUACCCACCCCGGGCUGGAGCUGGCCUCUUUCAAGGGUGGCUCUCGAAUGCGCCCACUGGUCUAGAGGAGUAAGGGUAAGAUGGGCCCUUACGGGAGCUUGCCCAGCUACAAGUAAAUACUAGGGAUGCAAACCAAAACUGUUGGUUAGUGUGUAGCUAUACUGUUGUCCUGACAAAGUUGUAAUUCAGGCUCAAUCAUAAGAUUCAAGGGGUGUGUUGAAGUAUAACCGGACGUGUAUCUGAAAAUAACAAACUGUGAAGCUGAUAUAAAAUCGUAAGAAUUAGAAGAUUCAGAUGCGAAUGAGCUUUCAUUUCGGGUGUCCGCUUACAAGAGCUUAAAAACAAGCUAACAUAAAACUCAUAAACCCUGAGAGUGUCCGCGGCCGCCUUCGAGAAUGUCCUCUUAAGAGAAUGAUAAAAAAACAGAGUUUUUAUGAGAGUUGAAUCGGAGUUUGAAGGUGACCGUAGGUAGAGCUGUCCGCUUACGAGAGUGUCGUUCUUGUUGUCAAGAUUGGAUAUGGAUGCACAGACUAGGAUUUGGCUGGUUCAGUUAGCCUGAAUCAGAUUUGAGUCCUUGGGGCUAAGUUGGACUUGAAGGAGAAGCAUGCACAGAUCUUUUUAAUUUACUCCGCAUAAUCUAUACUUACAGGUUAUUCUGGCAAUCGCAGUGGCUUGGGGGAUUUGUGCCAUUAUUACUGCAGCGGGUGGUUUUCCUUCUGACCCAAAAGUUCCUCAGUACAUGGCGAGAACUGACUCUAGAACUGCUGUAUUGAGCGAAGCCAAAUGGUUUAGAUUUCCUUACCCAGGUUAGUCAUAAUCAAGGCGAUCUUUAAGGAACGUUCUCCCUUUUUUGUAUCUUUCAUGCGAUAUUUCAGUUUAACCACACUAGCCCUGUAGCAAGGAGGAGCCAAGAAGUUCUUGAUCAAUUUAAGUUUCUUGAAAACUGCCUACCGACCCCUCCCCUAAGCUAACAUUAACACUUACUUCUCACUUAAGGCAAAAUGAUGGCUUAGGGGAGGGGUAGGUGGGCAGUUUCCCAGAAACCUAAAUUUAUCGAAGUUCCCAAGGCGUUCUUUAAAGGGACACAGUCAGCUUUGGGGCCGCACUGACCUGGACACUAGUUUUCCAACUUGGAAAAGCGUUUACCUUCCCCUCGAAAUCAAAGUUACGCGUCGGAUGCAUCUUGAAAUUCUCUUCAAUCUUGCCUAGUGUUCCAUUCGAUCUUCGAUAUUUUACUGAAAGCCUGUCUUGAGUGUUCUUUAACUCAUCCUGUAUUAUUAUUGUAUCAUAUUUGGUUUAAAAAGAAAGAAUCGCGCAUCUUGUGAUAUGCAAGACUAAUAAAUUGUAUCUAAUCCGCAUGUGCCAUAUAUGAAUGACCCCAGCAAUGGCUUUGUCGUAAAAACAACAGUAAGUAGGUUUUAAAAACCGACAAGAAUGGAUGUUUCCUUAGAAACUCUUCUACUGGUAAUUUAUUACCCGUACAGGUCAGUGGGGGACGCCUACAGUCAGCGCUGCAGGGGUUUUUGGGAUGCUUGCUGGUGUUGUGGCCUCCAUUAUUGAAUCAGUGGGCGACUACUACGCCUGUGCGAGAUUAUCAGGGGCUCCUCCCCCUCCAAGACACGCCAUCAACCGUGGAAUAGGAAUGGAAGGAAUUGGAUGUCUUCUGACGGGCGCCUUUGGUACUGGAAAUGGAACAACUUCGUAUAGUGAAAACAUUGGAGCCAUUGGAAUCACAAAGGUAAAUAUGACAUGGAACUGUUCAAACAACGUCAACAUGUGCUAGGGAUUUUUGCGUUCUUUUAACCUUGGGAUUGAAAAGCUACUAACAAAAUACAGAUGAGUUUCAAGAAAAUUUCGACUGCAGAAGUAUCUUUAUUUCUAUCGCUGUGUCGUUGUUGCCAUUCUUUUAGCCAGAAAUCAAAAGCAGGGAGUUUACGAUCUAGCAUGAAAAUCAAAUUAUCGACUUCUCUAAUGACUCCGCCGCUUACGAUCGAAUGAACGAUAGAUUUGACUCUCGUCACUCAUUUAAAAAAACCCUUUUAUAUAUCUGAAGCCUGAAAAAGGUACCCCUUUCGGGCGGAGCCUCCCCGUAUAGGGGUUAAUAAGGAGUACCCCCGGGGAAAAUGGAAACGUCCGGAUUCUUGUAACACCGAUUCAGUCUAGCUUACAUGCAAGUCUUCGCUUAUGACUCCAAUUAUAGAUUCUGACCUAGUCAUUUGCGCCCUAACAGCUUCGAUUACGACUCCCAUUCCGACUCCGUCACUGCUAAAAAUCAAUUUAUCAAACUAAUUUAUUUGGCAUCAGUGGUCUUGCAGUAUGUCAGAGCAUGCGCCGCCUUUGAAAUUAGAUGGCUAGCCUUGCUCACUAUGUAAGUCUUCCAUUGGUUAGUGGUUAACCGAGUCCUAACAUCUAAAUUCAAAGUUGCAUUUGUUCUCUCUAAUUUAUAGGAGAGACGUUUUUGAAGAAUGGAUUAAAGUCAUCCUAUGUGAUCAUGUCUUUAAAUCUCGAAACCACUUUGUCUUAAAAGGCCGACUCCUACUCCGUUUUCAUGACAAUUUAACAUGCAGAGCCGAGUUCUGUCAUCUCUAUCCCGGACUUCCAAAAAUACCACUCCAGACUAUGAUGUAAUAAGGAGAAUUUAACGCUAAUGACCUGCCUCCAAUUUCGAACAAGUCUCCAGAUACGUCGGCUGCAGUUUAGCGGCCACAGUUGGAGAAGCAAGAAUGAGACUGUUUCCCAACUUCUUCUUUUGGAACCAAACCAUGGCAGACGCUCAGUGGGGCACCCAGCAACAACAUUUAUUGACCAACUAGAGAGUGAGACCGGUCUUUCGAGGCAGGAUCUUGCAUCUGUCAUGGCCAACAGAUGGGAAUGAGACAGACUUAUAAAAUCAGUGAGGGUGCGCCCAAAAUAUGAUAGAUAGAAUGCCGAUGAAAAUUAUUCUUUAGUUUCUCCACGGUUUCACUACUUGAAAGCAUUGUCUCAGAUAUAUAUUUGCAUUUGUUUUUUUAGGUUGGAAGCCUUCGUGUAAUUCAGUUUGGUGGUCUGGUGAUGAUUGUUGCUGGACUUAUUGGUAAAUUUGGGGCGCUUUUUGUCAGCAUUCCGGAUCCUAUCGUUGGUGGCGUUUUCAUGGUCAUGUUUGGAAUGAUCGCCGCAGUUGGAAUCUCUAAUCUACAGUUUGCUGACAUGAACUCGGGCAGAAAUUUGUUCAUUGUUGGAUUUUCCAUUGUGUUUGGCCUGGGUCUUCCAUACUACAUGAACAAUCAUCCCAAUGCAAUAAACACAGGUACGAGUGCAAAGAAAAAACAGUGGAAGAACGCGUCCUGGAGGUUAGGGCGAUGGACUUGCAAUUCGGAGGCCCCGAGUUCCAGCCACGCCCUGACCACGGGCUGAACGACGCUUGUUUUUUAGAAAGCUACAACCACUUGCAAAAAUGUUGAGACACUCGCACGAAAAAAAAACCUUUCUUGCUUGAAAUCGCUCCUGGUCACUGACCUCCCUCCUCCCUCCCAUUCAAAGUUGUUCCUCCAAGUUUUGAGUAUGGUCUUGUAUUGCUAGCAACUUUGAUAAGCGGUGGAGGGGGGAUCACAAGCACAAGAUCAUGGACAGGCCAUUUAUGCCAAAAUACGGUACAGUGUUUCAAGUACUUUUGCAAGUGGUUGUAGCUUACCACCGAACAGAGUUGGGAUUAAUGAAAAGUCAAGGUGCAAUACCACUGCCAAAAAAACCGUAUAUAUCAUCAGUCUUGUUCAAUGUUGAAUCAAAAAAGAUCGCGAUCAGUCAGAAUCAAUAAAUAUUAUAAACUGUUGUCAAAAAGACAACUUCAAGGACUGGUCAAACAUUCGCCUGGCCAAUACCGUUCUGCAUCAGGUUUAUUAUUAAGAAAAUCACGUAUAGUGUUUGGAUUCUUAACCGUGUUAAGUUUGAUAUAAAAAAACUUGUUUCGGAUAUUUUCUCAGCCCACUUGCAUCAGUGCUAUAAAUACUGCCAAGGGUGAAAAACGAUUUUAUUGUAUUUUUAUUUAUUGAAUAAAGAUGAUAGAUAUCGUGGUACCUCCUCUACCGAACUCUGAUAAUCUGUCCUUUUUUUCGAAUUUUAAUUGUAAGGUAUUUAGAUCAUAAUUGGCUCAUUUCGUUUCUCAGGUGUUGCAGAAAUCGAUCAGAUAUUCACCGUGUUGUUGUCGACAAGCAUGGCGGUAGGAUGCAUAGUCGCUUUGUUUCUCGACAACACCAUUCCCGGCACAACUGAAGAACGCGGACUCGUUGCCUGGCGACAACAUCUGGGAGACGACAGUGACGAACAGUCAGUCCAAACAGCUUCUAUUGACGUGUAUGAUCUUCCGUUUGGCCUCAAUCGCUUCAGUACCUGGUGGGUGUCCAAGUAUAUUCCCUUCCUUCCAUACUACGACCCACAGGAUGCCAGCACAAAGCAGGAUGAAGAACAGGGGGUA